CCUGAAUGGGACUCAUUGUAGGGAAGCAUCCAAAUGGAUUUUGUGAAUAUUGUCAGGCACCGGAAACUGUAGAACAUGUACUUGUUAACUGCAGGAAAUGUACAUCUGAAAGAAAGGACAUGAUGGAGGGAAUGGAAAGGUUAGGGCUGACAGCAGCAGGUUUUAAUGGCAUUCUGGAGUGUGGUGGAAGUGGACAAGGCAGGAAGUAUCUGGUUAGCAUUCUUAAGAGAACUGGAUUUAUAGGAAAAAUCUGACAAAUCGGACACUGUAGGAGUUAACUAAUUCCAGUAGGUGGCAGUAAUGCAACACCAAGGAUUCAAGCUGCCGUUAAACCCCAAAGAAGAAAAAGAUGUAUAUUCUCUUCACUGAACUCUAUGGUAUGCUCCAUGGUUUCACCCGAGUCUACUGUGUGUAGUUCACGUAAUUAGCAAGACAUGGCGACUUGUACUUCUUUUCAGGUUCAGAUGGGCUCCAUCAUGGAGGUUUUAACUAAAACAGCACUCGCAGAGAUUACUAAACUAGUCAACGACGCGUCUGCGGCUUUACGAUUGGAAAUAUGCAGAAGCCAAAGAGAGAACGAGGCGCUAAAAUGUAAGUUACUGGUUAUGGAGGGAGAGCUCAGGGCUGCGCGAGGAUGCGAAGAGGGAACGCCGAACAGUUCUCUAAACAUCGCUUUAGAAGUUAAGGUUUGCGAUGAACUCAGAGAAGCACACAACUCUAAGGUUGCAGGGAAAGGAAAUGUCGCCGUAGAGAGAGUCUUUGACGGGCGAUUGAGCACAAGUCCGGCCGAAGAUGAACAGUACGUACCCGUGGAGAAGAAAAAGAUUGUUCCGGAUGGCUUGGAUAUAAAGUACGAGCCUGUAGACGGGGAGCAGGAUUGGUCAGAAUCUGUGCUGCUCAGCGGGGAUUGGCUGGAAGAGGACCCAAGGACAAGCCAAUCAGAGGCAGAACAGAAGAUCUUCGAGGAGACUAGCUGUGGCACAUCAGGGGCAGCCGUAGCUGCUGCUAACGGUGGUGAAGGACCCCUCUGUGAGGAGGAGGAGCUGCACAUGCAGCCCUGCCCUGCAGGAGACCCAGAGAAGGGGCUGCAAGCCGAACUGAGGCAGGAGCCGGAGGGGGAGCGGGAGCGGGAGCGUCCCGACCACGCUCUCCCCCUUUUGGGGUCCGGAGACUUGGGGCUGGAAUUGCCCUCGGGAAUGGUUUCGGAAGGAUGCGGACGGCGUGGAGGAAGAGCCCCGUGCGAGGCGAGUUCCGAUGCGUCAGCAGAAGCAGAGAGUCGCUGGGGAAUCGAGGGACGGGAGGAGUUCAUCUGCACGUGCUGUGGGAAGACGUUUCCGGACGCUCUCGAGCUGCAGACGCACGAGGAGGAGCAGCGCGGCACGUGGAAACGUUUCGGCUGUUCGGAGAGCGGCAAAGCUUUCGCUUGCUCCAGCAGGAAGAAACCAUUCGCCUGCUCAGGGAGCGACAAAACCUUCUCCCAGUCUCUUUGGGAAGAUCCCGGAGAGGAAGACUCCGAAGCCGGCAGUCCAGGCGGCGGGCUCUCGGACGAAGACGCGCGCCCUUUCAGAGCCCCGCCCCCGGGGGCGGACGGUCUCCCGCCGGGCCUGCGGGGGCGGGAGGGGCCGCGGGCCGGCGACGGGCCCGUUUCGGGGGGCCGCGGGGGGCUUCGCGGCAAGCGGCACUACUGCCUCUACUGCCAGAAGGGCUACUGCAAAAUCGCCCGGCACCUGGAGGGCGUCCACCUCGGCGAGCCGGAGGUGGCGAGCGCGGUGCGCUUUCCCAAAAACUCCAAAGAGAGGCGCCUGAGGCUGCACCAGCUGCGAAACAGGGGCGACUUCGCCCACAACUCCCGAGUGGCCCGGACCGGGGCCGGGGAGCUGGUCGUCUGUCGCAGGUUUGGCCCAAAACGGGAGCUCGGCGACUUCAGGUACUGCCUGCACUGCAAGGGGCUCUUCUCCAAGCUCCUCCUGUGGAAGCACAUGAAGAACUGCAAGCUGAAGCCGAAGGAGGUCAGAGACCAGGCCUCCAAGUUCAGACGGGCCCGCGCGCAGGCCUGCUGGGCCCUGCCGACGCCCUCGACCCCCAGCGUCAGCGAGGACCUGAAGAGGCUGGUGAGCGGGAUGAUGGAGGACGACGUCUUUGCCACCGCGAAGGAGGACACCUGUAUUCUGAAGCUGGGGGAAGAUGUGCUGAGAAGAUCGGGAGACGACGGCAGGAGGUACGAGUACAUCAGACGCAGGCUGAGGACGGUCGCCAAGCUGCUGGUGGAGGUGAGGAAGAGGACGCCGCUGGGGAAGAUGGAGGACCUCUUGACCCCCUCGAACUUUCCUCACGUUGAGUCGGCCGUGAGAGGCCUGGCAGGUUUCGACGAGGAGAUGAAGUCGUACGGGACCCCUUCUCUGGCCCGCCGGCUGAGCUGCGACUUGCAGGGCAUCUGCUGCGCGGUGGAGGACGAAGCCUUGGCCGCGGGGAACUCCGACCUGGCGCGGUCCGCUUGCGGCUUCCGGGCGAUGCUCCGCGAGAGGUGGGGCGAGCUGGUCCCCCCGGGCGCCCCGGGCCCCGUUCGGGAGGACGAGCCGGCCCCGCCGCUGCAGCUGAGGCUGGUGCGGGACGUGAAGUUGCUGAGCUCGUACCUGGACAGGAAGCUGGAAGGGAUGCAGAGCCGGUUCCGGCAGGAUCCGACGCGGCGGAGCUACGGGGCCCUCGCCCAGGCCGUUCUGGCGCAGGUCGUCCUGUUCAACCGCUGCCGGCGGGGGGCGGUGUCCGCGAUGCCGCUGGCGGCGUUCACGUCCCGGGACGCGACCCCGGGCGGACCCCUCGCCGAGGACGACUCCGUUUCCGGGCUGGAGAGGAGGCUGUGCCGGCACUUCGCCCGGCUGGAGCUCCCCGGGAGGGGCGGCGGGAGGGCGCUGGUCCUGCUGAAGCCGGCGGCGGCGGCGGCCCUGGAGCUCCUGGUGCUGAGCCGCGAGGCGUGCGAGGUGCCGCGGGAGAACGGGCGCGUGUUCGCCCGGCCCGGGGCGCUGUCCUGCUACCGGGGCGGGGCCGCCGUCCGCCGGCUCGCCCAGGAGUGCGGCGCCGAGGACCCCGCCGCCCUGUCGUCGGGCAGGCUCCGGAGGCACGUCGCCGCCAUUUUGAACGUCAUCGGUCUGAGGGAGAGCGGGGCGCUGGCGGACCUGUUCGGCCGGGGCGCUGAGGCGAGCGGGCGGCGCGGGACGCCAGCGGAAGCCGCCGCCGCGGCCGACACCGCUGAAGAUGACUUGCGGCUGGCGGAAAUGGCCGCGGUGUUAUUGGCGGAGGAUGAAAGAGUGAGCUCGGAGUUCAGUGGUGUGGACGACGACGAGGACGAGGAGAUUGAUCCGAAAGAACCUUCAAGUGAGAAUAAUGCGGAAGAACUUGUUGAAGCAUCAGCGCCUGAAGAUGCUGAUAACGAUGGUUCCCCUCAGAGUCCAAAACUGAGGAUUCACUGUCCUAAACCAGGUGCUCCCAAGAGGAAGUGGGAGAGAGCGGAGGUGGAGGCUGUGGAGAGGCACAUGAUGGGGUUCAUCUGGACGCGCAAACUGCCAGGAAAGCACGACUGCCUCCGGUGUCUGCAGUCCGAGCCUCGCGCCCUGAAGGACAGAAACUGGUCCAGUGUGAAGUACUACAUAAAAAACAGGAUCACCGCGGCCAAGAAACUAAAGUAGUUCUUCAAAUUUUUUAAUUGUAAUAAUAAUAGCUUUAUUUGUAUAGCACUUUUCACUACGGGAAACAAAGUGCUUCUCAAUCGUCGAUACAAAACACGGAAACAAAUAAAAAUAAUAAGAAGAGACUGUUACAACCCUAGGAAGCCUGGGAAAUGGUUAACUGCGUUCAUUUUUUAUUUUGUUUUAACAAUCUCUUUGCUAUCGUUUUAAUGUUUCCGCUGCAGAUGACGUCUGCUGAUGUAGAUGGUAUAAAAGGAAUGGACCCUAUUAUGACCGUUUUUCUUUCAGUGUGAAGACUGUUUUGACAAAAACCCAUUGCAUGGUCUGUAUCAAACCUGGACCGGACCGGACCGUGCAGUGGCAGCUGUGGGCAACAGCCUCAUGGGAAUAUAUAUGACUGUCUCUAGCAUUGGCAAACAAGGAAUCUUCUCAGGGAGUAACAAGAUUGUUUUUGGGUGUUUAUUUGUUAAAAUGUGUAUUUGCGGGACUCAAUUUUAAAAACCAGGGGUAAGGCAUAUAUGUCGGCAUUAUACGGAGUGCAAGUGAGAAGACCAUCCAUCCAUUAUUUAUACCCGCUUAUCCUGAGCAGGGUCGUGGGGGGUGCUGGAGCCUAUAAGCGAGAAGACCAGUAUCAGUUAAAGUAGUUAAAUAAACCAUAAACUACAAAUGACAUGGUUUUCAGCUUUAAGCCUUGCAGAAAAAUGAAUACACAGGUCUUCAUUUAUUUAUCUACUACUACUAUUUAAUCAACCUUUGGCCUCAAAUUCAGCUUAGGAGUGAAGGCGAGCAUCGUACUUUUCCUUCACAAACUCAGUUUGCCCAGUUGUAGUGAUUGCUGAAAUCAGCAAGCAGUGUUUGUGAACAUAUUAUUGCUUUCAUUGCUUCACCUGUUUGGUUUGGUCAAAGUUAAGGUCAAAUGGUGAUAUGAAUCCCAGCCAGAGACAGUCAUUUUAAAAGCAGGUUGGAUUGCCGGUGGCAGAUUCUGUGCUUGUUUCUAGUACCGCUAUUUGUUAUUUUCAUGUUCCAAAAGAACUAUUUAGUAUUUAUAAGAAGUAUUGCCAAUUCUGUUUUCUCACAAAAUAGCGCUUUAAACUUGGCUACCUAAUUGUUGGCAAAGCAAAUCCUUGCAUUGCCAACCCAGUUUCAUUCUGUCCUUGCAGUUCUUAGUUGACCUGCACUGGUAAAGAAAGGUUACAUUACAGAAAAAUUCUGUUUUAUGAUGUUUUUUUUCCAUAAGAAGGCUUUCAAUGCACAGCUAAUGUACAUCUUGAUGUGACUUACUUGGUUUGUUUCAUUGUUAAUUAGUCCUGUGUUGCCCCAAGAAUAAAUAACCAUUGUUGAACUGUA